AGAGGUGCUGCCACAAGUUCAGAAACACUCACCGGGAGUAACUCGUCAACCAAGAGAUCCUCACAGCAAGAGAUCCAAGGAACUCACACUCUUCUUCUUCUAAGCAGACCGGAAAGGAAAACAGAAAAAAAUAACAACAUGACUCAGUCCGCCGCCCCAGCAAUCGAGAGCCUCUUCGGAAACGACCCUUUCUUCAGUCAGGAGAGGAUGGUCUUCCCCCCCAUGCGACACCAGGCCCCAUCCGGCAUCCAAGAGGWCUUCUUUCAGAGGAGGUCCAACCUGGCCAGUGAUCUCCUCAAAGAGCUCCGCGAUGGGCUCCCCAGUAUGUACCAGCUGCACGAGAGGGCCCACCUCCGAAUGGGCUCCCCAUUCCUGGAGAGGAGGAGCACAGGAGUUCCAGCAGGAGCUUUGAGCCAGGGCCUCAGCACGGAGGUGGCUGAGACAGGCCGGAGCCACAGCCCCCUGGCCCUGAGCCUAAACGCCCAGGGCUUCAACCCCGAAGACAUCACRGUCAAGCUGGACGGACGGAGGCUAGCCGUGGUGGCCAUGAAACAGGCCAAAGCAGAAGAGGCUAAAUCCACCUCCUCUGCCAUCUCUUCCUGCUCCUUUUCCUCCUCCUCGUCCCAACAGAAAGGCUUUGUCCAGAAAAUUGACCUGCCUGCUCACCUAGACCUGACAGCCUUGACCUGYUCUCUGGGAGAAGAUGGACAGCUGAGGAUCGAAGCCCCCACUGCCGCCCCCCAGCUGGAAGCCCCUACAGCAGAGCAGGARGUCCCCCUCCGCUUCAGAACCUCCCUGGACGUACCCAUAGCCAAGGGCAACACGGAAGAGUCCAUAACAGUGAAGACCUCAAAACCUUGAAUUAUAUUUUCUUAAUCAUUUAAUUUUAUUAUCAAUCCAGUGGAUUACAUUGUGGGAAAUUGUUUAUAAUAUGCCUAUUUGAAUAAAUAUUAUUUAAUAAAGACAAUCUGACAUUGGAAUGAUGGUUGCUAGAAUUGUGGUUUGUGUGGAUGACAGUUUUAAAAUAGAUAACUAGAAAUAA